UAUAUACAUACAUACAGUCAUGGAUGAACUGAAGGCUCAUAUGAGUGCAUUAAGAGGAAUCUGAGGUUUCAAGCUCAUUUCAGUCUGCUGUGACAAGUCUCUAUCAUAAAAAUGGCAAAACUUGUGAUUAUCGCACUGAUGGCUGUGCUUGCUGCUACUGCUGCAAGUCCUCAAUCAAUCUUUGAUCCACUGGGUAUCUUUCAAGGCGUCAUUAAUAUUUUAACAGGGAUUAAACCUGUAAAUCAAGCACCCAAAACAACAGCUGCUCCCACCACAGCACCACCUAAAAGUUCUGUUCCUACCACAGCAGCACCGACAAGUACUACUCCCACCACAGCAGCACCUACAAGUACUACUCCCACCACAGCAGCACCUACAAGUGCUACUCCCACCACAGCAGCUACAAUUGUUUCUAGCACAGGAGCAUUUAUAAUUGCUGAUCCCACAGCUGCACCUAUCAGUGCUGAUCCUUCCACAGAAGCACCAUAAGUUCUCCUAGCACAGCUGGAGCCAAAACAACCUCUCGA